AUCCAUGCUGUUCGCUUUUAGAGCCUACUGCAAUUAGAGAAACUGUUAGCGAACAGCAUGGAUCCUGACCAGACUGUGCGAAUGCAAAGGCUGGUCUGGAUCCGUGCUGGUCGCAAAGCUACUAUGUUGGUUUUCCCAUGGCACGGCUCAAAUGUGUUUUCUUUAAUAGCUUUAUAUAAAUGUAUAGUAUCUAUAAGAGUAAUGUACUGUGUUCUACAUACUAUGAUUAUCACAUGUUUAGGUGAUGGAAGAAUGGACUCUCCAGGCCACUCUGCGCAAUACUGCUCCUACACUCUAAUGGAAAAUUACACCAAGGACCUUCUGUGUAGUAUUAUAAUUGACAAGAGAAUGACUGAUCUCAAGUCAACAAAUAUGGAGAAAGAGGGACUGAUCCGUGGUCUGAGGACAUUGAGAGAGAACAGAGUGGCUGUAAAGGAAUUAGUGACUGAUGCUAGCACUACUAUCGCUGCUAUGAUGAAAAAUCAGUAUCCUGAUAUAACACAUACCUUCGACACAUGGCACGGAGCAAAGAACUUUGGGAAUAAAUAGGAGCAGUAU